AUCUAAAUUAAUAAUUUAAUUAAUUAAUUAAUUAAUUAAGCCUGUCUCGUGGUACAGUCAACUCGUACGACUUAACAACAUGCUCGUCAUGGGUUCAAGCCCCAAAUAGACCGUGCCGCCAUACGUAACACUGACUAUCCUGCUAUGGGGGGUUAUCCAAAAGUCACUGAAAGCCAACACGACAAAUGGUACAGCCAGGCCUUGAUCGACACCGGUUGUUGAGUCAAAAGAAAAAAAAAAUAGUUCGAUCUGGACCAGUCAUAUGGUUAACUUUUAAUAAAUAAUUUGAAAUUUAACAAACCCUGUUUUCCAUACAAACGCAUGCUUUUAAAUUGAACUGUCAACCAAGUAUCAAGUGUUCAAUUAAAAAGCAUGCCAACGAAUAAGCGUUGAACUAUAGUCAGAAUUCAAUAGUUUGUAUCAGAAUACCGGUUUUUUUUUUUAAUUUCACAAAAAUCUCAUGGCCUGCCGAGAAAAAUUUCAUUUUUUUGUAUGGAAAAACGUGCCGACUAAAAAGCACAUACUCAAUAGUUGGCAUGGAAUCGAAGUUCAACCAAUGAGUUCAGAUUGUUCUGUUAAUUUGUUCUUUUGAUCAAAUAGCCAUUGCCCAAGAGAAAUGUAAUAAUAAUUUUCUUUACCUGUGUAUCUGCAUAAUGGUGUUGCUAAAAAUCAAAGUAUUACCCUGGUUUAUACAAGGAUUCAAUGGGUAAAUAUCUAAACAUUACACCUGCUAGUGUUUAUCCUGUUACAUAAGUACCUUAAAAUAAAGGUACUAAAUAGUCCGUUACAUAAGAAAAUAGAAAAUCCUAUCUCUUUUCUGUCUUAUAAAAACCCGCGCAAUUUUUGUUUGUGUCAAUACGAUUCGGGCAGUCGUUUCACUCGGUGUUGUUAUGCGUGCUCUGUACAGUUAUAAAUUUUGUGCAAUACUGUUAUAAUACAAGUGCAGAAUAAUACAAGUGUAUAUUUUAAAUAUUCAACGUGCCGUGAAUUUCACUCAAUCACGACAAUGUCGGCCAAAGACAAGCGCAAGUCAGGAUCCACGUAUAGAUCCAUAGAAGCCAAUAAUAAAAAGCUUGAUGCUGAAUUGUUUGGAGAGAGUAGUGAAGCUGGGCCAAGUAAUAUUCAGACAGCUACGUCAAAUGUAGAGUUCAGUGAACACCCGCAUUGUGGUAAGUGCAAAAAUAAAAAUUUUAAUUAGUGACCAAUGCAAAUUAAACACAUUUAUAAUACUUUUUUUUUAUUUAUUCAUUGCAGAGAACCAUCCUUGUCCAUUUGAUGAAUACAUCUUGCAAGAAGAAUACGUCAGUGAUUGGGUUACUAUCGAUGCAUUCGACGAUAUGGAAGUAUAUGAAGAGGUCAACGAAGAUUACGAUGAAGCUGAGGAAACUAUACACAGUACACAAGAGUCUCAACACGAAGAGGAACCAUUUGAUGAGCUUAUUCGAAAUUGGGCAUUAAAAACAUACCAAACACAUCAAGCGCUAAAUGGACUAUUAGAAAUUUUACGUAAAAAAACGGACUACCAACUGCCGAAAGAUGCUCGCACGUUGCUUAAGACAAGGCAAUGUGGAAAAGAAACGUACCCUAUAGCAGGGGGAGAAUUUUGGUUCCCUGGGGUACGAUCGGUUCUCAAGGAUCACUUUCGCGAUGUACCACCAAGAGUCAGCAAAUUUUCGUUGAACUUUUCGAUUGAUGGACUUCCACUGCACAAGAGCACUCGAAAACAGUUUUGGCCCAUAUUAAUGAGCAUUCAAGAAAUGCCGGAAGUUCCAGUAUUGAUGGUUGGCAACUUUUUUGGUGAAUCGAAACCAAAGAGUGUUGAGGAAUAUCUGCGUCCGCUAGUCGACGAGCUAAAUGGGUUGAUGGAUAAUGGCAUUGUAAUAGCCAAUAAGCCAAUCGAAAUACACGUUAGAGCUUUCAUCGCGGACUCACCAGCACGAGCAUUCAUAAAAGGUUCAGUUUACUUCAACCACACACAUGGUUGCCAAAAAUGUACGGUGCAAGGAAAAUAUCACAGCGCACACCGAGUUACAUGUUUCCCGGGAAUGGAUCAUCCAGCAAGAACGCAUGAAGAUUUCGUCCAAUCAAAUUACGGAGCACAUCAUCGGGAAAAAAACGCCUCUCAUGGAUCUUAAGAACUUUGACAUCAUAAAGCAGAUUAUUAUAGCAGAUCGUUUGCACCUCUUUGACUACGGCGUAACAAGAACAAUGCUGAAAGGAUGGAAAUCAGGCAAAUUAGGAGGGGGUGCCAAGUGGUCUGAAGACACAAUAAGCAAGAUUGAUGCUUUGCUGAAGGAGGUGGAACUUCCUUUAGAGUUUCAUCGCAAACUCCGUUCUGUUGAAGACAUUGGAUUGUGGAAAGCUAGUGAGUUCCAAAUGUUUCUACAUUACGCGAGUUUUAUCGUUUUGAAGGAUGUAUUAACAGAUGUACAGUAUGACCAUUUUAUGAAAUAUUACUGUGCGGUAACAUUGUUAUCAUCCGAAGUGUAUAAGAAUGAUUGGCUUGAGGCGAAAUGCUUGCUAAAAGAGUUCGUUUUAGACUAUGGUGUUAUCUACGGGGAACAUUGCAUCACCAGCAAUAUACAUAGUUUGUUGCAUGUGUAUGAUGAUGUAGACAAAUUCGGCCCGCUUUACACCAUUUCAUCUUAUCCCUUUGAAAGUAAGCUCCAGCAUGUUAAGAACUGUCUUCGAAACGGUCAUAAGGUUUUGGUGCAGGCUGCAAAUAGGAUAUCGGAGCAAAAACCAAGUACUGCGUCAUCAAAUAGAACAAAUCUCUCUUUUCCAUUUUUGAAAACCAAAACUAAUGGAGUAGCAUUGCACAUAAAUCCACAAUUAACUCUUUCUCCUGGUUUUCAGUCCAAUUGGUUUUUGACUCAUGAUAACUACAUAGUUAAAUAUUGUAGCGCAGAACAAAAAGAUUCAACUAUAAUAAUUAAUGGAAGAGCAUUCAAUUAUUUAACGGAAACCCGCUCGUACUAUAUUUCACCUUUUAUGAAGGAUAUAUAUGAAGAAGAUUCAUGUAACCUUCGUACCGAUGAAAUGGUAUUUUUACCCAGGGAUAUAAAGUGUAAAUUAGUAGCUAUUAAAACAGGUAAUAGCAGUUUAGUGUUUGUUCCAUUUCUUAGAACAUUAACUAAUUAGAGGUAAAAUGUAAUUUAAACUAUUUUUUAGAAAUAAAAUCGAGCAUAUGUAUUUGAUUGGAAGUUAAAGUUCGUGUUUUAUUUUCGGCCUUUUUUAUUCACAUGUUAAUACUAUGUACUAACGAUGUUCAUUUUAUCACUGUCUUAGAAUCAUAAAUAUUUGAAAAUCGAUAUGUUUAUGUUGCAUGAAACAAAAUAGAAAAAAAAGGUUUUGGUAAACGUUUCAUUACAUAUAAUUAUCACAACCUGAGUUAUCACAAAAAUAUUCCUUCUUGUAGUUCUAAAAUACGUUUACCCUUAUAUUUCCCGAUCACAGUAUUUUUUUUUAAUUUUCACGUUCGAUAAAACAUAACUAAACAGAAAAACAUUAAAUAAAUAUCAUAGCAUAUUAACAUUUUUCGUUAUUCUAUUCCAAUUUGAUCUCAUUUGGUAAUAAUAAAGUAUAUACACGUGUUUAAAAAAAAGCAAUACAUCUCUCAUCGCCUAGUAUGACAUACACUCUUUCGCUCGUCUUUCAUAUUAAUGCGUUCAUGUGCAUGCUUAAGUUUACGCUUAAAAAAAUCAUGUACAUAAUUCAUGUCCACUUCGAUUCCCAAAUGGUUAGUGGCGACAGCUUUCAUAAGCCGCAAUACAUUAAUGUAUCGUUCGAAAGGAAUUUUUGUUCCAGCCGAACCGUCCCAGCUGCACGUAGCAAAGAAUUUUUUUUCAAAUAAAAUAUUUAUAGCCUGGUGUAGCCUAUUGUUAGCAUCUUGACGGUCGAUCUCAGAAUCAAUUUUGUGUAAAUAAGAAUAGAAAAAAAUUCAUCAGCUCCUAAUCUUUGUUCAACGUCAUCGAACUCUUGAAGGCUCGAUACAACAGUGAGUUGAAAGGCCUGAUUAUUUCUACGCGUUCCUUGCAUUGGUUGUACGAUGGAAAGUAUGUCCAUCGUAUAAACCAAAAUUUGUGCGUUACGAGCAUCCAACCUAAUGAGCGUAUUCCGGCAGCGCACGCAACAAUUAUGUCCAUGGCACUCGGAGGGCAAUGGCAUACUUGGGGAAUCCAAACUCCCUGCAACUGUGUCACGCAAAAGCACAGCUGAAGCCAACGGUUGCUGUCGCCCGACAAUACCAGUCAGUUCUGAUUGUGCAGCAGACACCGUCGGCUCGUUCUCGUUAAAACAAGCCGAUGUGUUUUGCAAUUGUGAAUCAGCCGCAUCAACACUCAUAUCAUCUGACACGAGUGAGUCGAGCAGCUGUGCCACAACUGCAUCAUCACCACCGGAAGCCGCCGCUUGCAACGACGAAUGGGCAGUUGAGCUCGGCUGCAGCUCCCCGAUGCGCCGAGCGAUUCCGGGCGAUCGAGCCGCAACAGCAACACGACCACCAGCAGCCGCUUGCACCGUUGAACGUGCAGCCGAACUCGGCAGUUGUCCAUCGUUGCGCCGAGCGAUUCCGGGCGGCCGUGCCCCAACAGCAACACCACCACCAGAAGCCGCUUGCACCGUUGAACGUGCAGCCGAACUCGGCUGUUGUCCGUCGUUGCGUCGAGCGAUACCGGGUGGCCGUGUCACACUAGCAACUCCACCACCGGAAGCCGCUUGCAACGACGAAUGGACAGCUGAACUCGGCUGUUGUCCGUCGAUGAGUCGAACGGUACCGUGUGGCCGUGUCACAACAGCAACACCACCACCGGAAGCCGCUUGCACCGUUGAACAUCUAGCUGAGUUCGGCUGUUGUCCGUCGUUGCGCCGAGCGAUUCCGGGCGGCCGUGCCCCAACAGCAACGCCACCACCAGAAGCCGCUUGCACCGUUGAACAUCUAGCUGAGUUCGGCUGUAGUCCGUCGUUGCGCCGAGCGAUACCGGGUGGCUGUGUCACACUAGCAACACCACCACCAGAAACCGCUUGCACUGUUGAACGUGCAGCUGAACUCGGCUGUUGUCCGUCGAUGCGCCGAACGGUACCGGGCGGCCGUGCACCAACAACAACACUUUCACCGGCAGCCGCUUGCAACGACGAAUAGGCAGCUGAACUCGGCUGCAGAUCACCGAUGUGUCGAGCGAUUCCGGGCGGCCGUGCCCCAACAGCAACGCCACCACCAGAAGCCGCUUGCACCGUUGAACAUGCAGCUGAACUCGGCUGUUGUCCGUCGAUGCGUCGAACGGUACCGGGCGGCCGUGCACCAACAACAACACUUCCACCGGCAGCCGCUUGCAACGACGAAUAGGCAGCUGAACUCGGCUGCAGAUCACCGAUGUGUCGAGCGAUUCCGGGCGGCCGUGCCCCAACAGCAACGCCACCACCAGAAGCCGCUUGCACCGUUGAACAUGCAGCUGAACUCGGCUGUUGUCCGUCGAUGCGUCGAACGGUACCGGGCGGCCGUGCACCAACAACAACACUUCCACCGGCAGCCGCUUGCAACGACGAAUAGGCAGCUGAACUCGGCUGCAGAUCACCGAUGUGUCGAGCGAUUCCGGGCGGCCGUGCCCCAACAGCAACGCCACCACCAGAAGCCGCUUGCACCGUUGAACGUGCAGCUGAACUCGGCUGUUGUCCGUCGAUGCGUCGAACGGUACCGGGCGGCCGCAUCAAAGUAGCAACACGACCACCAGCAGCCGCUUGCACUGUUGAACGUGCAGCUGAACUCGGCUGAAGUCCGUCGUUGCGUCGAGCGAUACCGGGUGGACGUGUCACAGUAGCAACGCCACCACCAGAAACCGCUUGCAUCGGCGAAUAGACAACUGAACUCGGCUGCUGGUCCCCAAUGCGUCGAACAGUUCCGGACGGCAGUGUCACAACAGUAACACCACCACCAGCAGCUACUUGCAACGGCGAAUAUGCUACUGAAGUCGGUUGCUGCUCACCAAGGCGUCGGACGAUUUCAAACGGCAGUGUCACAACCGUAUCACAACCACCAGCAGUCGCUUGCACCGUUGGACUUGCAGCCGUACUCGGCUGUUGUCCAUCGUUGCGUUGCUCUGUUCCGGUUGGCCGUGUCACAAGAGCAACACUACCACCGAAUGCAGCCGACACCGUUGAUGAAGCAGAUGCCGUGGCUAGUUGUCCCUCUUCAAAACGCGUAACUGCUCGCACAUCUAUACAAGCCGGGAUCCGGCCUAAACAAAACAACAGUUCAUCCCGGUUUCCUUUAACUAGACGCGCUUCGUUCCCCGGUGAAGACAUGAUGUUUUUGCUGCACAUAAACACAAAAAGGUAUUAAUUUUAUGGUUGUUUAACUUUUUAUCACAAUAACUUACACUUUCUAUCUUUUUAUUUCAGUAAUACCCUGUAAACUGUAACAUAUAUCGAUUUAUAACACUGUCCUAAUGCUGUUGUAAACGUUUUGAAGCCGGUUUUGUGAAUGAUGCGCUGUCAGCCUAAUAAAAAAUGGAUGUGUAAAAAUGA